GAAUGCUUGCUGUGGGAUAUGGACGGUGUGCUCGUCGACGUCUCGGGCUCCUACAGAGAAGCUAUUCUGAAGACCGCUGCCCACUUCGGAGCGAACAUAACGCACCAGGAUAUUGGAGCUGCGAAGGCAAGAGGAGGAGCAAACAACGACUGGAAACUUACUUACGACCUCAUUCACGCUCACAAGAAGACUGACGGGUCCUCCCCGACACUGGAAGAGGUGACGAAGGAGUUCGAGCUUCUCUACCAGGGCACCCCAACAUCUCCUGGAUUGAAGAAGUUGGAAACUCUCUUGCCAUCUUUGAAGGUGUUGGAAGAGUUGUCGAAAAAGUACAAGAUGGGGAUAGUGACGGGAAGGCCAAAGUCAGAUUGCGAAUAUGCGCUGCAAACUAUGGGGAUUGCACACAUCUUCCAGCAUUGCGGUUGUAUGGAGGAUGGG